AUGCAUCGUUUCGAUGAUGAGCCGCUGGUGGCCGAUCCAUACGCGGAGCAGGACACUAAUCAUAUGUUCAUACCAUUUCUUGUUGCUUUUGCUUGCUUCUUUCCUGUUCUCUUUUGCUUAUGUAAAUUGUAA